AUGGCAACAAUAAGAGUACUAAACAAUAUACUUAGACAAAAAUCAUGUAAAUACAAUGGAAUUUCAUCAUUAUCGUUAUUAUCUUUUAAUAUUGACAAAAUAAUACUAAGAAAAUAUUCAAACGAAAAUGAAAAGAAGAAAUCAGAAAUUACGCAUUUUGAUAAUCACGCAAAUGAAAGUCAAGUAUCAACGUCAUUUGCAGAAGUAGUUAAAGAGAACACCAAGUCAGUAUGGUACACGGGCGUGAUAGUGGCUGGUGUGGGUAUAACAGCAUUGAUGUUCUACACGAUUUUCCGGGAACUGUUUUCGGAAAAAAGCCCUAACAAUAUUUACAGUAGUACCGUAGACAAAUGCAUCAAAGAUCCGAGAGUCGUUGACACACUCGGCGAGCCGAUAAAAGCCUACGGCGAGGAAACUCGCCGGGGAAGACGUCAGCGCGCUAGUCAUGUCGUUUUUACGCGUGAUGGUAGACCGCAUAUAAGAAUGCAAUUUUACCUCCAGGGAGACCGUAAAAAGGGGACAGUACAUUUAGAGAUGAGAGAGGAUGAUAACGGCAAACUAGCCUAUCGAUACUUACUGAUCCAACUGGACGAUAUACUCCGUACAGUUAUCGUUUUAGAAGAUAACAGAGCAGCGGAGAUUAGCCCAAACUUCGAGGUGGAAAAUUCUCCAACCUCUUCAAUCCAAUAA